AUGUCUUCUGGAGAUACAUUAAUCAUUGACUUGAUUGGUAAUCAAGGUGGUCGUAGUUGUAUAGCUUAUAGUUUACUCAAUUAUUUAGUUCCGGAAUAUUCUAAUCUAAGUGUAUUGUAUGAAUCGUUCGAUGGUAGAAUAACAAAACCAUUACAAUCAUUCUCGAAGGCAUUUAGUUUAUCUCGAAAUGCAAUAUUAAAUCUUCAAACUGGUCUACCAUUUACAAAUAUGGAUUGGAUACAACCAUAUGUUAAUUACACAAGAGGGAAUUCGACUGAUGAAUAUUCAAUGAAAUGGUCGAUUAAUUGUGAUGGACAAGCAUUUGGUUCCGGAAAAUUUUGGCUAAGCAAUAGCACUAAUAGGAGAUAUUUUAAAUCAAUUUAUGUUUUAACAGAUGGUACUUGUGGUAGUGCUUGUGGUUUAUUUUUAUCUAAAUUAGCAUUGGGUUCGAAUUUUAAAAAAGCUUAUGGUAUUGGUGGUGGAUAUGAUGGAAAUAAUUUAUUUGAAAGUUCAAGCUAUGCUGGAGGUGGUACAUUUAAUUGGAAUGAUAUUGUUGGAUAUUAUACUUUAGUUGGUGCUAAUGAUUCGUCCAUUAACUAUUUACCAACAAGUGCUUUCUUGAGUGUGAAUGUUUAUGAGAUCUAUAUUAGUAAACUAAAUCCUGACUACCCAAGAGAAUUCUUGUCACAGCCAAUUGAUAGACAAGUAACCAAUGCCAAUUAUUUUAAUCUACAAUCCGCUUUAGAAGAGAUAAUCAAUGAUGAUCAAUCAACCAAAUGGACAUACUCUGAUGAUAAACAGUUCAUUAAGGAUCAUCAUUUUUAA